AUGGAGGCGCGGCAGGUGGGAUACAGAUUCAAGCCAACAGAGGAAGAACUCGUUGGUCAUUUCUUAAAAAGGAAGCUCGAAGGAGAAAAGGAAGAUCGUCCCGUUAUUCCUGAGAUAUACAUCCUUCGAGCAAAGGAAGAUCGUCCCGUUAUUCCUGAGAUAUACAUCUAUAACUGGGAGGCUGCGCAAUUAUUUACGCUAUAUGAUGGUAACUUAAGUUUAGUUCUUAGAGUUCUCUAUUUCCCUACUUUAUCAUGGUCGAGUAAACCAUCUUUGGUUGUAGCACUUUCAAAGGAAAAGUCAAAUGAACGCGAGUGUUACUGCUUCUGUGUCGGUGGUCGUCAGAGGACUACCGAGUUGGGAUAUUGGAAAGAGACGGGUCGAAAGCGAGAUAUCCCAGCAUCGUACACUGAUAAGCCAAUCGGGUUCAAGAGGAUUUUCGUUUACUAUGAAGGUCGACAACCAAGUGGCCGCAGGAGUGAUGUGGUCAAUCAUGAAUAUCAUCUAUAUUCAGAUGAUUCAAACAGUGAAAUUUCGGACCAGGUAAAUCCAGGAGUUAGUAUUCAAUCUGACCAUCCAAUGGAGAUGCCUAUUCCUGAUCAGUCUCUGUCAUGCAUUGAAGAAGAGUCAUUAUUAUAG